UAAAAACAAAAAUAUUUACAGGUCACAUCACACAAACACCCAAUACUGACUGAAUGUGCAUUCAGAUCUCCAUUAGGCAACUCAUACCCCAUUAAUUUAUAAAUUAAAUCUUUGAAUUUUGGUUAAAUCUGGGUUUUUUAACUUCCGGGGAAAACAAAGGUGAGCUAGAAUACAACAAUGGCAGCUGGAAGCACCAGGAAAAUUUCAGCAGCCUCUGCUAGGGCUCAUACCCGUAAACCCAAAGCUACCUCGCCCAAAUUUGGAGGGAUAUUCAAGAAAAUUCUAUUCGUUUGCUUUGUGGGCUUCGUCGCCUGGGCAUAUCAAGCAACACAGCCUCCUACACCAAACACGUGCGGCUCCAAAAACGGGCCAACAGUUACGGCAUCACGAAUACAGCUCAAAGAUGGAAGACACUUGGCUUACGAAGAAUACGGUGUCCCAAAAGAUAACGCAAAGCACAAAAUCGUAUUUGUCCAUGGAUUCGAUUCUUGCAGGCAUGAUGCCUCUGCUAUAACCGCACAUCUCUCUCCGGAAAUUGUUGAAAGUGAAGGAGUGUAUGUUGUUUCUUUCGACAGACCUGGUUAUGGAGAGAGUGAUCCUAACUCGAAACAAACGGUUAAAAGCAUUGCUUAUGAUAUAGAGGAGCUAGCUGAUCAGUUGGGAUUAGGACAGAGAUUUUAUGUUGUCGGAUUUUCGUUGGGUGGGCAGAUUGUCUGGACCUGCCUCAAGUACAUCCCUCACAGGCUGGCCGGAGCAGCUUUGAUAGCACCGUCGGUGAAUUUUUGGUGGCAAGGUAUUCCUCCAAACUUGUCGGCAGAAGCAUAUAAGCAGCAGCUUCCACAGGACCAGUGGGCCCUACGUGUGGCUCACUAUACACCAUGGCUCAAUUACUGGUGGAAUUCCCAAAAAUUAUUUCCGGGUUUUAGUCUUAUAGCUCAAAGCCCUCUCGUUCUUUCUAACCAAGACAUUGAAUUAAUCCCGAGAAUUCGUUCUAUACGAGAGGAGUAUCAGGCACAGGUGAGACAGCAAGGUGAAUUUGAGUCCCUACACCGUGACCUGGCAGUUGCAUUCGGGAAAUGGGAGUUCGAUCCGACGGGUCUAGAAAACCCGUUUUUGGAAAGUGGAGUAUCCGUUGACUUAUGGCAGGGAGAAGAGGAUAAGAUCGUCCCUGUAGAACUGCAGAGGUUUAUAGCUAAUCAGCUGCCUUGGAUUAACUAUCACGAGUUAUCCGGUGCUGGUCAUAUGUUUCCAUUCGCUGACGGGAUUGCUGACUCAGUUAUAAAGCAACUUUUAGCUGGGAACAAAGGCCUUUGAUUGAUAGGCUACUCUGAUUAUUAUUACCAGGUUUAUAUGUAUCUGCACUUAAAAUUUUCAUUUUUUUGGGCUUAUUAUUUGGGUUCAAUAUUCCCUCUCUGUAUCAUUGUUACAACAGAAUUUCUAGUGUCUUAUUUAAGACAACAUUUUGGUAUUGAACUUGUAAUGUUAUGAUUUCAACAAAAUACAAGUGAGAUAAGUUUGUUGUUUGGUCUAUGUUACGAUCGGUGAACGAACAUUAUCGAA